UAACCGCAUGUUGGGGUAGCUUAGAAUUCACCGCUUACGACUUUGUGGUAAGACUGCCCCGUUCGAAGCCCACACGAGCACAGCAUGGCGACCCAGUUGGCCAAGAUGACCCGGACCGCUGAGAAGAAACAGCUCUCCGCCCUGAACGGCCAGUUCGCCUCCUACAUCGAGAAGGUGCAGGCGCUGAACCAGAGCAAUGCCGCCCUGGAGAGUCAGCUGCAGGCCGUCCAGGCCAAAGCCGCCCCCGUAGAAAAGGGGAAGUACGAGGGGAUGCUGAGUGCGCUGCGUGCUCAGGUGGACGGGCUGUCUCAGCAGAAGGCUCAGUUGGAGGUUGAGAGGAACAGCUGGCAGUCUCAGGCGGAGGAAUGGCAAGGAAAGUGCGAAGAGCAGUAUACGGUGCGCUCGGGGCUGAAGGCCGAAAUCGAGAAGAACAAAACGGAACUGGCAACCAUCAACGCUGCUCGUUCGGGCUUCGAGAGCAGGCUGGUGGCCGCGCAGGGAGAGAUCGAGGCCGUGAAUAAGAAUAACGCUGCGGGGAUAACAGCUCUGCGGGAAGAGUUGGCCCGGACUAUUACUGCGAUAGAGGCGAAGCAGGCGGCUGUGACUGGACCGGACCUCAGCAACACCCUGAGGGAGAUCCGUGAGCAGUACGAGGUGGUCGGCCAGGCGAACAGGCAGGACGCUGAGGCAAAGUACAAGGAGAAGGUGAGAACAGACAACAUGUAUCCUAAAUCGUUGUGUUUGAAAUAUAGUUCUUUUGUAACAUAACUUCUACAGGUAGAA